CGGGUGAUCGUCUUGCGUUCGUUUUCUCGCGUUUCCAUCUUCAGAGCCAGAGUAGAGCAGAGCGCAGGCAGGCAAGACAUAUCAAAAGCAGACUGGGCUGUAUGUUGUUUCUGUGUGCGCGGCGGUGUGUGAUUAGAGUGCGGGACAUCAUCAGAAAAGCGAGCGAGCGAGCGCUGUGUGUGCUUGCAAAAGAGAAAAAGAAAAUCGUCGCGAGUUGGCGAACAAAAAGGGAACAAUACACACUUUGGAAAACCUGUUCGCCCAUCUUGUUGCUGGUCGCCAUUGUAAGUCCUAUUGUUAGGUGACCCCGCGCGGUGAAACAAUAGUGAGUAACAUUUUGCGCGUUUGUUCAAAUUUUGGGUCGUGUUGAAAGAGUGAAGACGAGGCGGAGGGUUCUCUUGCUGCGCCCGUUGCGUGCAGUGGUUGUGUGCGUUGGUGUUGAUGUGUGCGCGUGUUUGUGUUCGUGUGUACAACUGUCAAAAGUCGAAGGAGAAGAAAAGUGGAAAAAAAUAGAAAAUAAUGUGCGCUGCUGUGUGAAAAGAGCAGACGGCAGAGCAGCAGCAGCAAGAUUGACGUGCAAAAGAAAAGGCCAUCAUCACGACGGCUAAAAAGAGGAAAAGAGGAAUUUUCGCCUUUUGUACGUGCUUAUUUUCGGUGUGUGUUCGAAAGUGUUGGAAAAUGUCCGCAAAGUAAGUCCCGACGUGGGGUCCCGUUGGAUUGUUCCGUUUCGCUUCGUUCUCCGCGGUGUUGUUUUUGUUGGAAGCCACUUUGACCCACGGACAAUCGCUGCUAAACAUCCGGCCGGAGAAGGGAACGAAGGGAAGGAGUUUCUGGGACACUCCUGACACGGUUACUACUUGUUCUCCCUUGUCUCUGGCGUCGGGACGCGGUCGAACUUGAAAAAUCGUCUAUUUUCGGAGGAGCCAAACAGCACCACCAGAGCAGGAGGAAUCUUUGAGGAGGUGGACAGCACUAAUUGCGUGCGAGCUGGUAGUUGGCAAAUUAGGCGCGAGUCAAAACAUUCGAAAACAUAAAACUUCACUACCAAGCCCCAAAUGCUACUUUGAAGCAAGCAGUGCACGACUGCUUUAAUCGAUACCACGCCUCCGGUUAGGCGCAAAAAGAGCGUGUGUCACAAGUGUGACCUGACCCAACCCCGCCAAACAGCUGCCACACUCUCCGGCCGCUCGCCACACUCCGAAGGUAUCCUUUGAUAAAAAAUAAGAACAAGUGGAACAAACAAACUAAAACCCGAACAAACACAAACGAAAUGAAAUUCCCCGGUGGAAAUCAGUUGCUAUUUUGCGAACAAGUGGGUACCGUGACAUCGUUCUUCGAGCAGUGGAACGACUGCGAGCGGACGGUGGUGCUUUAUGCUCUGCUGAAACGUGUCCCAUUUGCCAAUUUAAAGUUCCUGCAGCUAUCGAUCGAUUACAACCUUGCCCAGAACUACAGCUCGCAAAGCAAGCUGCAGCUACUGGAAACGCAUGCCAACAAUGCCAACUUCCUGAACAAGCUCGUCCAGCGGUAUCAGAACACCACCACCACCACCACGACAACCGGCUCGUGCUGUGUUGGGGGUGCCGCUGGGGAAACGAACGCAACAACAACUACCCUCCAUAACAACAACAACAACAACAACAACAACCACAACCACACCAACAACAACAACACCAGCAUUGCCAACAACAAUCUAACCAUUUCCGAUUCGAACUACUCGGACUCGGAGAAGAAAAAUUCCACCUUUGAUCUGUCCUCGACCAGUUCCUCGUCCUGUUCGUCCACAUCUGGGGUGUCCUGUGUGUCGUCCUCGUCCCAAACAGCUUCCUCGCUGUCGUCGUCAUCGUCCUCGUCGUCAUCGUCAACGACCUCGUCAUCCAACGGCCAAGCGACUGCAAACAAACCACAAGAGCACAGCAAAGCCAGCAGCAAAGCCAAACCGGUCGAAUCGAAGAAGGACAUUCUGAACGAUAUGCUGACGUACCUGCCGCUGCUCAAGCCGGGCAACGACGACGUGAAGAGCGUGUACAUGUCGCUGAUACCGGCCGCGGUCGAGGAUGCCUGCCAGCAGGCCGUGCCCACCGAACUGGUGCAGCACAUACUGUCCUACCUGCUGAUACAUCCGGCCGUUAACAAUGACGAUAGAAGAUCUCUAAGCUACUGGCUGCGCCAUCUGGAGGAACACAUCGCUACCUCCUACAUUCCGACAACGCUUGCCUCAUCGGCAGCAACUGCCACCAAUAAUAUUAUAAGUAACAACAACAACAACAACAACAACAAUACUACCAAGAUGGUUAAUAGCAACAGCACCUACUAUAUUCAUCCUCCUGCUUCGCAACACCAUCACCACCAGCAACAGCAACAACAGCAACAGCAGCAGCAGCAACAACUCGUUGGUGGAUCAAAUCAAAAUCUGGCCAGCAAAACCGGCAGUCAACAGUCGCUACAAUUCCUCGCAACUGGCGCAUGGCAUCAUCUACAGCCACAGCAGCAAACUCAUCAUCAACACCACAAUCCCCACAGCAACAAUAACAAUGGCGGCAGCAACAGCAGUAGUUGUAAUCAACUACCGCAACAGCCACAAUCGGUUUGCAUUUCCAGCUCGUCACUGUUGUCCAAGUCGCAGCAGAGUCUCAAUCAAGCUAGCAGUAGCAGCUCCAGUUCUAGUUCCUGUCUCGAUAGUGCGUCCUCGCAGCUACUGAAAACCACCAACCUGCUGGCCAAUUUGGAUUGGAGCACUGACGUAACGAACAAACCUGAGGACGGCGGUGGGACAGUCGUUGGGGAUGGUAAUGGAAAUCCUGGCAGUGCCGUCCGGGCUAUCGGAAGUUCGGAGAAUGUCUCCAUGAAGGAUUUCGUACCGGUCACAUUCAACUACUCGACCCCACAAGGUAGUAGUCAAUCGAUCGGGAAUAGCAGUGGAGCCAGCAGUGCCGGCACCACCACCACCACCACCAACAACAACAACACCAGCAAGCACCACCACCUUAUUGCGUCUUCUAGUCAAGCAUCGGGUGUAAUCCUGGGAGGCAGUGCCAAUGACAGCAGUUUGAAUCUAAACGGUACCGGCGGCCUGGGUAGCCACACGAUGGUGCUAACCGAUUUGGACUCAAGCGACGAUAACCAUCUGAGCUUUAGUAAAAAUGGCACCGAGAUAUUCGACUACGAUUGUGAUUACGAUAAUGAAGAAGAGUUUAACUAUUUAGCCCGUGCUGCUGCCGCUGUAGCCGCUGGGGGAUCCUCCAGCACUAGCAAUACUAGCGCUCCCGGGGGGACGAAUGCGGCUGGAUCCGCUGCUGUUCCGUCGUCCGGCUCGGGAUCGGGAGGACCGGCCAAUACUAGCAGUGGUAGCAGCAAUAGCAGCAGCAGCAAGAAUCGUGUUUCGUUCGAUGCUAACAUAAGUGAUUACCUGAGGGUUCCUCCGAUUGGCGUGGGGGAGUUCGAUUUGGAUGGAAGUGGUCUGCUGAAAACUCGCCGGUCCAACAGUCUUACCACGACGGUAAGUAGUGCAUGUGGGUUUUCGGUUAGGGAACUGCACCAACAGAAACAUAACAACGAAUGUUUAUCGGCGGAAAAUCUGAGCAAUCUACAACUACUGCAGAACAAGCCGAGGAGUUUCUCGUUGACAAUGGAAAGUCCUCGUUCAUCGUUGACUUCCAGCGGUUCGGAGACCCGGUUAGACGACUUCAAGCAGCAUCAGAUGAUGAAGAUGUAUGGAUCGCCGAAUAUAGGGAUGUCCAGCAUAGCGCACUGGUUGAAGAGUUUGCGGUUACAUAAGUACGUGUGGUUGUUUUCCAAUCUUACGUACGAGCAGAUGAUGGAAAUGAAUGAGGAGUAUUUGGCCAAUUUGGGCGUUACCAAGGGAGCCAGACACAAGCUGGUGCUGUGCAUUCAUAAGCUAAAGGAACGGUACAGUUUGCUGUUGCGGCUUGAGAAGGAAAUACUAUCCGCUGGAGGAUCCAGGACUCAACUCGGUCCAGUGUUUGAUGAAAUGACAAACAUCGUGUUGACACCGAUGAAACCGAUCAGCCACGAGCAGAAGGAGGACAUCGCUGGAUUGUUUGUCAAGCUGUUAGAUUUGAUUUCCUCGAUAGCGCUAAUAAGACCGAUAUGUGGUCCCCAGGAAGAGGAAUGUAUGAACGUUUUCAUUUGGGUGUUGGAGCGAGCGCUUCAUAACGAUGCUUUUGCGGCGCAUGCCACCCAGAUUAAGGAGUACAAGUACAAGGCAAACAAGCUGAAGAUGGCGUACGCACCGAAGAGUCAUUAUGCGAAGAAUACCAGCAUCAACGGGAACAUUAAUAAACCAAGGUGGUCCACAACGAUCAAACACAAACCGAACAAUCCACCCGAAGGUCAGAAAACGCCUCACCGCAAGAGUUCCCUGCAGUAUUUCACUUCUCCGAUGCAACAAUCGCAAUCGUCUCAGCAGCAGCCACAACCACCGCAGCAGCAAUCCCAGCAGCAAAAUUCCUCCUCUUCCCAUACUCAUCUUCAAGCGAUUCCACAUCAAUACUACGGUCACGGUCACAACCCGAAUGCCGGAACCGGUCACAACAACAAUUACAACAAGAGUUCGUCCUAUCCGAACUUUGCGUCGAAUCUGUCCAGCGGUGGUGGCUCCGGAAGCAACAUCAAACACCACGUGCAGCAUUUACAGCAAGGCCAAGGGCAGCAUCAGAUCCAGCAACAGCAGCAGCAACAGCAACAACAGCAGCAGCAACCCCAACCGCAACCACAGCAAACACACCAUACCCAACAACAGCAACAGCCGCAGGUUCCUCACGGUAACUUUAUGUACCAUCGCCACUCGCUGAACAACAUUUCUGCGCAUCAGCAUCAACAGCAGUUCCUACAGCAGUUACAAAACCAACAGCAGCAGCAACAGCAACCCCCGCUGCUUCCGUCGAUUUUCCUUACUGCAGUGAGCAGUGGUGGUGGUCCUCUUUCCAGCAAGGGCAAAUCUCAACCGACGGAUGCUGUUGGUUCCAUCGCUACGGAUGCGACCGUUCCGAAAUCCAGUCCAGUGGAUCUGCUGGGAAGUAAAAGCCAGAACAACAGUAUCGGCGACAUCAACAGCCGGCUGGAGUUUCUCUGUCUGCAGAUGACCGAGCAGGCAAUAAACUAAAGAGCGCAUGCGCAGCGUAGCACUAGCAAGGAUACAGUAGUGGCUAGUGGUAAUUGUUACUAGAAACGUUGUUUAUUUUAGGAAUCGAUCGCGAAACGAUGCAUGCCUCCUCUUCAGGCAUGCAAAUUAGUCGACGAUAGAACUUGUAGUUUUAUUUUUUUCAAUUCUUGACGCUCUUCAAACCUUCUAAGCUUAAAACAUACAAACAGAAAAUGGAAGUAAGCAAAUUCUUAGAAGCAGAAAAAAGGGAAACCUAUAUUUCGAUAAACUCUAUAUAUAUAAUCUAUUCAUCCCUCUCUCUCUCUCUCUCUGAAUUGCGAAAUGGAGGCAAAAUUAACGCAAGGAAAUGGAAAUUUCUAAUUAAUGGUGUUGCAAUAUUUCCUUAGAGACAGGAUUUGAUUGUUUAUCUGUUUGUGUCUGUUUUCACUAACUUUCUGACUCUAGGCUAGACAAGGACGGCAAAUAGAAAACGAACGAAGUCGAUGUAGGCAAAUGAUUACGACAAUGAGACAAACGAGAUGAAAGAUUAAGUGUAGGAAAUUUAUUCAUCUAAAGCGGGUAUACAUUUGAAAGUGGUAGUAUUUUUUGUUUACAAUUUUUCAGUCCUUUUUUUCUGUCUUAUGAAAUUAUUUAGGUUUUUUUGUCACUACUUAACACACGUGCGAACACAUAUUUAGACGUAAUUCUCUCUUUAUACAAAUUGAGCUAAUAAAUCAGCAGUCGCAUUGACUAUUGCGACCGGGGAGAGAAUUAGAUUAGAUGUUCAUAGUCUCUCCUAAUUUCAAAAAGUAGGAAAUCAAGCUUGGAAACCGAAAACGAAGGCAGUCCUAUUACACUAAACGAAACGCAACCGGGAUUGUGAUUGUGUUUUGCGACCAGAGCAGAUUGUUAUUAUUUUGUUUUUCUCGUCGGUACGUGCUAGCGUGUUUGCUGUGAAUGUCGAAACCCGUGAAUGUGGAACCAUCUAUUUAUUCGAAUCCGCAAACGUGAAAGCCGAAGAAAAAAAAAAAAUGAAAUGUUCACCUAUUUAUUAUGGCAAAGAAGUUCUUUCAAAUGUUCGUCGUCGGUUAAAUAUUUUGUUAUGUGUACAUAUUUUGGAACAGAUUACGUCUAGCGGGCUUAUUUUGUAGGAAAAAUAAUUUAUUUUUAUCACUCACCGGAACAAAAAAAUAUUAAAAAUAAAAUAACAAAGCAUAUAGGAAGAGAUGUUCAAUUGUUUCAUUGUAGAUCAAUCAAGCAGCGACAUGUCUUCGAGAUUUAAAUCGAUACCAGAAAAAUAUAAAGAAAGUAAACAAAAAAUUAGUGUUGUUAUGUAUAUUUAUUGAUAAACAAAGAUAUCAUCGUUUUUGUUCUAUUUUGUUUCUUUGAUGCUGUGUCCACAAUAUUGGAGUAAACACACACACAUACACUAUUAGGCGUACUACUAACACUGAUGUAUGAGAAAACAGCAGCCAGGUGGGUCAGUGAAUCAGUUAAUGUUUGAAAUUAUUUUUCGAUCGUACUAAAUAACAAAAAAAAAAAAAAAAACUACAUGCAAGCACACGGAUGUGUAAUGUAAUUGAACAACUUACUAACCUAACACAAAGAACGGCAAGCAAAAAGUGAUUUCGUCGCAAGUUGUAUUCGGGCCAAUAUGGUGUGUGCCUGAUGGAUGAUGAACUAGGAGGCAGUUAAAGUGCGGGGAAAGGGAACGAGCGAAUGACGACGGGUUGAGAUGAGCGGGAUAUUGUGUAUGAUUAAAUCAAUUAAAUUAUUAACUGCUAGAAUGGGAGCACGAAGUAAACUGAGCAAGACGAGCGCAAGAGAGAGGUAGAUUCAACAAGUUUUAUGUAGUGGAGUUUUUAUUAUGAAAAAAAUAAUGGAAUAAAACAAAUCUAGUAAUGGAAUAUAUUUAUUUUUGAGCCAAUU